AUGGAGUUGAGGUCUAGAUCCAGGUCCAUGACGCCCUUCCAAACCCAAAGUUUCAUUGAAGCGGAGUCCUUUGAAGGCGGGAAUCAUGUUUCCGUUACAAGAUCGACCAGACGCACCACUGUAAGAACAACGACGAACGCUGCUGAAGAUUCGGCCGAAUAUCUCUAUGAAAGUACAACAAAACCUGUUAAAAGCAAAAGUACAACAAAAUCGAAACGUGCAGUUUAUAGAACAUCAGAUUAUUCUUCCGAGGACGGUGAAGUAGAGACGAAUUCUCACAUCUCCGAGAAUGAGAAAAAUCAAAUCAUUGAAGAUGCGUUAGCGGCAGCUAAUGGAAGUGCUGAAGUGUCAGCAUUGAAUCUGUACAGGAAAGCUGGGAGAUACUGGGACAAAUACCCGAAAACAGACUACACAUACUCGCGGCACUCCCGUGAUCGCGUCGAACUCGCUCCGGGUGUCGUGCAAAUGCCCAACAUGUCUCGAAGGACCAUCCACUCGGACUCCAGCACCAACACGGACUCCUACUCCUAUCUCGCUUCAAAAUCUCAUCUCUUGAAACAAAGACUGUUCUCAUCGACAAACAACAAUGAAGAAAACGAUGAGAGUUACAAAAUAUACAGAUCCUCGUCGACGCAAAAACGAACCGUCGUGUCAGUAAUAACUUCAGUAUUCGUCAGUAUAUACACGGUGAUUUAUUGGUGCUUCAACACUGUGUACACGGCGUCCAAUUCCACGAUGAUCUAUUUCGGAAAGAAGCUUCAUCAUUUGGCCAGCCGAGUGAUGCUUCUGGAUACGUGGUUGCUGAGAAAAUCGGCGGGAGGGGGGAAGAGGACAAGAGCUGUGGUGGCUUUAUGUCUGUUGCCGCUUUUAUUGUUUGCAGCAUGGUUUUUACUCUCAUCGUUGGGCAGCGCCAUCUACUGGUCAUACCUUAAUCCGUCCUCUGAAUCGGUAUCUCCACCCUUCAAACCACCACCAAUACUUACCCCCGAAGAAAACGAUAUUCUUCCUCCACUAAGCAGUCCGCUUGUAAAUUCCAACUCAGACUCAAAUACAAACAAUUUCGUCCAGUUAAACACAGACGAGAUAAUCGAAAAAGUACUACAAAACCCAAAAAUAUACAACAUAAUCAACAACUACCACAACGACAUCAAAACUGGAAAAGAAUCUGACGAAAAAUUGCUUCAAGUGAUCGCCGAACUGAAAAUCGAAGUCAACAAAAUGAAGAGUGACCUGUUAGUUCUACAGCAAACGAAAAAUGCAGACAUGGAUCGCGUACUAUCGCAAAUAAGAACCGAAAAUGUCCGAAAUUUGGCACGCUUAACCCAAAAGAUGAACCGCUGUUGCAGCAAGCAAAUGAUAGAUUUAGAACCUUACAUAACCAAGAUUGUUGGCGCUCUACUCAACGACCCUGAAUUCUUAUCAAACCAGAAAGGCCUGACUGAUUGGUUGCACUCUCUUUUUGUCGCUAAGCAACAUCUAGAAAACCGCUUAACCAACCUAACGGAAACCUUGACCAACAAAUUUGACAUUUCUGUUGAGAACACAGCCAAUCAGGUUAUGGAUAAAGUAGUCACGAGGUUAUCGGACCGCCCAUUUGAUUCAGGGUCAGUCACUGAGGAACAAAUAAAAAAAAUCGUGCAUGCGUCUUUGAAGAUUUAUGAUGCUGAUAGAACGGGAUUGGUUGAUUAUGCAAUGGAACCUCUGGGAGGAGAAAUAGUAACCACGAGGUGUACGGAGAGUUACCACUCAGGGACCGCUGUGAUUUCGGUGUUGGGACUUCCCGUUUGGUAUCCUACCAUUUCUCCUCGGGUGGUGAUCACUCCGGGAAUCAAUCCAGGGGAGUGUUGGGCAUUCCAAAACUUUCCAGGGUUUUUGGUUAUUAAGUUGGCGGCGAGAGUUAACAUUGAGGCGUUUUCGAUGGAACAUGUGAGCAGGUUGUUGGUACCGGGUGGUAAGAUCGAUUCGGCGCCGAAAGAAUUUGAGGUGUUUGGCUUGGAGACGGAGAAUGAAAGGGAUCCGGUGAAAAUCGGCGAGUACGUUUAUGACUACGACGGAGACCCCAUUCAGUUCUUUGCAGCGCAGCAGAAAGGUUUGACUUUCGCUAUGGUAGAGAUUAGGAUUAAGUCAAAUCAUGGAAACCCAAAUUACACGUGCUUGUAUAGGUUUAGGGUACAUGGGAGUGUCAAUAAUGAACCAAGCUAGGGUUAAAAUAUACGAGACUUCCACAUGUGUUCAUUAUUUAUUUUGUUUUGUAAAUACCUCAUUCUUUACGUCUUGCCGUCUGUAGAUUUCAUUUUUACUCGUAUCAUGUUCGUCGCUAUUUCUUUUAUUUAAAUUGUUUUGUUUUAUUUAUGGAGUACUUAUUUCUAUUUUAUUCAUAUUUUUAUUUUCUUGUUUUCAUGUAGUAUUAUGUAGCUCUUUGGAACGUACGAUUAAUUUAAUCUUCCUUUUUAUUAAGAAAAGUCUGUGAUUGGUCUAACAUAGUUAAGUACAAAAAACACUAUAGUUAAGGUGUUAACACUAAUAAUAAAGUAAGUUGCCUUAUGCAGAUUUGCAAAAUACCUAAUUGACUUAGUCAUGUGUUUUCAGUCACUAGUUUUAGGAUCUAACCUUUACAUUUUAAAGUCUUCAGUCACCGUUGCUUUUGUAAUCGUUGCACGGUAAUUCAUUUGUAUUUUCGUAAUAAAAUAAAGUUUUUGUUAUUGA